AUGGCACAAAAAAGGAGUCGAGCGACCAAGCUGCCGAGGUUUGCUCUGCCAAAUGUCAUCAGCAGCCGUGGAGGAGUAGAAUGGAUGGAUGGUAUCUCAACACUCGACUUUGACUAUUUCCCGCCAUUCCAACAAGUCAUAGAAGAGCACUUGCUUUCCUCUUCAAACCUCCCGCCAUACUACCGGAUGCUCUGCGAUGCUCAGGCCAUGGCAUUAUCCAGAUGGGGCGCCAAAGGAAAUAUGGCAAAAGAGCUCCUGGGGCUAUACUGGCCAGCAGAUUUCAACACAGAUGGAAAGCUCAAGAGAUGUCGCAUCUCGUGGAAUAUCGGGACGCAGGUUCGUCCGGCACAACCUCAUUAUCUCACACACCAGAGCUGUGGAAGGCCAAUGAAGUCUAUGCUCGUCCAGACCGUAAGUGAAGAAGCAGAUGAUGGUGAUGAUGAAUGCGAGGAAGUGGAAAAGAGCCCCGCCAAAGCUGAGCGGCCGUGCAAAGUGGUUCUGAUCCACGAUACAAAGGAGAGCGAACGCGUGGUUGAGCUUGAAUAUGAAGUCGACAGGCUAAAGGCCAGCUUGAAACGGUCCCAAUCGCAGCUGGAGGGUUUGCGGUCUCAGAUGAGCCAAGUUGAAACUGCAAUGUCGGUGAGAUCAGAGUUGGUCACAAAUGCAAUCGUCAACUAUCAUUUCUCUCGAGCGAACCUAGAGCUGUUGGCGCCCGCAAUCUCGUCCUUGGUGGAUGAGUCUGUCUCUGCCGAUGAUCUCUCUGAACUUGCCGGCGGUGCUGCUACACUCGACCAUCGUGUCAAGGUCAUCCAAGAGGUAGCUCGCCGACUGCAGAUUCCAAUUACUAUUCCAUCGGAAAUUAUCGGCGAGCAGGAGGACUCUGACCUGCCGGUUGAUCCCAGCUUGACCUAG